CUGACGCGCGCCGUUGUGUCUUUGGAGCAGCUGGAAUGAAGGUAAACUCGCUUGUGGCCGUCGAGGGACGCAGAGGGGCCAGGGAGGUACGAUGCAGCGAAGAACGGGAAUGUCAUGGCGGCGGACGCUGGCAGGGGUAGCUAGGUAAGUAACCAACCGUGGGACGAGAGGCACUGGCGGUAAGGCCAGGUAUGGCGAAGCAAGCACGAUACGCGUCACGAUGAGCUGAGUGAAUCACGGAUGAACGCUUCAUGAAACGAUCGAUCGGCUACACGGACGCGACAGCAACUCUACUUUUCUUUUGACGGCGAAAAAGUAAAAGAACGUGUGUACCCGCGAAUGCAAACUUAAGGAGAGGAUCCGCGUUUCGGCGUCAUGUAUCCAAGGAUCGUGUUGCUACUCAUCGUUGCUUGGGAGACGAGGAACGUGCUCGCCGACGCCGAGACGCGAUCCGCCAGCGCCGACACGACAGUGAGAAUCGGCAAAUGUUGCGAGCUCGAGGAGUUGCUGAUGGACGACCGGUGUACACCAUUGUCGGAGACCAACGAGACCAAAUGGAUACCGGAGUUCGUGAAGGAACAAGAUGCAGCGGCGAGAACGGGAUACGUUCCUCCUGGACUCAGGUACGAGUUGAAGAUCGGACGACCUAGAUGCGACUCCGACGAGCAUCAGUGGCACGUGUACUACUAUCCAUCCGGGCCAGAUCGGUUGUUGAUCCUGCCGACCGGUGUGUUGCGCCACUAUAUCGUUGAUCUGGCAAAAAGCAUGGAUGAGAAUCGCGGCGUCUACGGUGUCGCGAUGUUGAAUGUCGAUGACGACUAUGAUGACGAUAAGGAACACACAACCAUACACUAUGACUACCCGUUCGGGCAUUAUUGUGCCGACAAAGUCGUGCUCAGCGGAGAUCGAAUGGUGGCGACGUACGCUAUGCUUUGCGUGCCGGAUGUUGCUGUACGCUGGACCGAUACCAACUACCUGAUGAAGCAUGCGAUCAAUCCUGCCUUCCACGCCGUGUCAAUGGCUUGCUAUCUGGUCGUCGCGGUGGUCUACUUCGUGCUGCCACAGCUGCGCGACCUCGUCGGCAACAUCAUCACCAGUAUGGCUGUCUGUCUCAUGGUCAAUCAGUGCGCCUCCACCGUCAGGAUAUUCACAGAGUUCGGCAAUCACGUCAGCUUCUUGGUCGCCGACACGAUCAUGUACGUUUUCCUGAUGGCCGCUUUCUUCUGGCUCGGCGCCUUGGGCUACUACGUGUGGAGCACAUUCAGGUCGCGCAACGUUUUUCUGCGGGUAACCGACGGCAGGAAGUACUGCUACUACUCGUCCUGGGUCUGGGGUUUGACGGCCUGCUUAGCUGCUACGGCGAUCUUCGCGCACUUCGCCCUCGAGACGAACAAGCCCACUGUAGGCGGCAUGACUUAUCCCGCUCAGGAGACUGUAGGCUGGCUCGGGCUCUCCGUGAUAUUCAUGUGCGUCGCAUUCACCAUCGUGAUCGACCUAUGCCUGAUACUGACGACCGCAAACAGGAUCAAGCGAAUGAGCACGUACGGCCGAAUUCAUCACAAAAUGAAGUACAGUUUCCGGAUGUUUGUUUUUCUCUACGCAAUCAUGAGCGCUGGCUGGUUCUCGCUUUUUUACUGCCAUAUCGUCAUGAAUCUGCUGCAGGCACUGCUCAUUCUUUACGUGUGCGUGUUCGGCCAGCGAAGAGUCACUUUCCUACUCGGGAAAACGUGCAACUGCUGCGACUCCGGUGACAACACCGAAGGCUUCGACUGGGGCGAGGAGAUGACAGCUAUCAAUGCGGGUUAUUAAAGCGCUUUACGAACAAUUACUCGUGUUACGAGCGUGAUCUGUAUUCGAGUCGUGAUCGAGUGAUGAGGAUAGCGCGUAAAUCACGAUUAGUAAAACGCACAUCGCUCGCAGAAUGAAGAAGAAUGCAUAUAACGUGUUUGAAGCGUGAGAAGCAUUCUAUACAGUCGUUAAAGUAUAAGUAUAUUCGAAGAUACUCUGAGAAUAUACUCUUUGUACUUUUUUUAUAUCGUACGAUCGCAAUCUCAGAGUCAUAGCUCAUAAAUGUAUAUCUUUCACGCGCAAAUUUUACCAGACAUAUAUACCAUAAAUAUAUGCGCAUAUAUAUUGAAACCAAAAGAUAUUCUUUAGAAAGUGUGAAAAAUGCGUGGAUAUAUCUCUAUUUCAGAAAGAAACAGUAUUAUGCACGUACCAGCGUUACUUUAGAGAAGUAAACAUAAAACGUGCAAGAAAAGAAUAUAUUAAGAUACAUAUACGUCGGAGACAAUAUCGGACAAUGCGGCAAUAUAUUGUAAAUAAUGAUGCAAUAAUCAAGUUAAUGUGCAAGUUGAAUAUGAGAAAAGUCAGGAAAGUCAGGAAAGUCGACGAGGCAUUGAAAAAUUUUAUAAAAUUAUAAAAAUUAUAAAAUAUCAUCAUAUAAAAAACAUAUAAUGUGUUUUGAUUGUUGAACUCGAGCCGACAAACGAUGGCACUGAUAAAAUUGCAUACAUCUUUCGUAUUCCAUGUUUGGUGAUUAUGCGUGCCUUAAAACAAAAUCAAUCUCUUGCCUUAUAAAAAUAUACGCUUAUCGAAACCUUUUUAUCACUUCACAAUUUUAACAUGUCUAGUAUCUUGCAUUUAUCCAUGUUCAUAGCAUAUCAUGUUGCCACAAGUGUACUGAUUUAGAUUUUAAUCUAAUUUUAAGUAUAAAAUCGAUUAUAUUAUGCAAUAUCGCUAAUUUACGAACAAGUUUGCCAGCGUGUUGCACAGUAUAAUUAAAAUAUGUGUCACCGAGUCUCAAAUGAUCUUAUACUUUUAAUGGUAUUUGUGUUUAAUAUUUAUAUCUAUAUAGUAAAUCCAUUUUUUGU